AUGGAUCCAUCAACAUCAUUCAUCUCCUCUCUAACCUGUCCAUUAUCAUUAAAAAUGUUUCAAGAACCAGUUUUAGCAGAAGACGGACAGACAUAUGAAAGAGACGCAAUUAUACAAUAUCUGCAGAAACAAAAAACAAGUCCAGUUACUAAUCAGCCACUAUCGAUAGAAAACCUUCGUCCAAAUCCAAUUGUUAAAAAGCUGGUGGCCCAAUUUGAAAGUGACAUACGUGCACAAAAAUAUCAGUUCGAACUUAAUGCUGAUGUAACUAUAACUAGCCGAUUGUUUCAGGCGUUUGGUAAAAUAGUCUAUCUGGCUGAAUGGGUCAAUAAACAAAGCAACAGACCUAAGAUAAUUUUGUUAAAAAUUCUUGGCACUCGCGCAAUAAAAGAAGCGUCAUUUUACGUCGAACUGAGUCGUCACCCCCACAUUGUUCGGACAUAUGGAUUUGUAAAAGACACCAAACAACAGCCAGAAAUACAAUCAAUCAUGCUUCUUCAGGAGUAUGCACCCAAAGGAGACUUCCUUGACAUAGUCGAAAGCUCAGCAUUAGCUGAAAGUGUUCUAGGCGAAAUAUUUGUUCAAAUAGCCGAUGCAAUGAUCUAUCUGGUUCAUAACGAUGUUGUUCAUGGUGAUCUUGCUUGUCGUAAUGUUCUUGUGUUUCAUAUUGAUAAUGAAAACCCCACACACAGUCUUGUCAAACUUACGGAUUUUGGUUUAAGUCGGGGAAGCGCAAUUUAUUCACCACUGUCACCAACUUCAUCUUCAACACUUUUGAACGUUGUGCCUGUGCGCUAUGCAGCUCCUGAAGUAUUAGCGAAUAGUCAAUGCCAGACGUCUUAUAGUGAAAAAUCGGACGUGUUUUCAAUGGGUGUACUAAUGUGGGAAGCAUAUUCGAGAGGAAGUAUACCCUGGCGUCAAAUAGAAACUGACGAAGACGUUUCUCGUCUCGUAAUAAGUGGAAAACGCUUAGAACAACCCACGAGAUGCAGUGAUAACUACUGGACAAUUAUCAGUCACUGUAUGAGCGAACGACCACAAGAUCGACCCAAGUUUAUUAAUUUACAUCGAAAUCUUUUGCAGUUCCUGUUCGAGAAAAGAUUGUCUGUAACGGUACCGCUAGAAAGAAACGAUAAUCCUAUAAUUACUGCCGAUAUUUCUCUACAUCUACAAGAACACAAUGUCGGCGAUAUUUACACCGUACGUAGUUUACAACGUCCUGCAAACAAUGCUGAGAAUGUACCAUAUCAAGCAGACGAAAUAAGAAAUAUUUUAAAGUCCUCGAAUGGUGUAGGAUAUGAAGGUGAACUCAAGGAUGACAAGCUACAUGGGCGAGGAGUAAGUACUUUGCUAGAUGGAAGAAGAUAUGAAGGUGAAUUCAAGGAUGGCAAGCUACAAGGGCUAGGAGUAUAUACUAAGCCAGAUGGAAAGAGAUAUGAAGGUGAAUUCAAAGAUGGCAAACGACAUGGGCGAGGAGUAUAUACUUGGCCAGAUGGAAGAAGAUAUGAAGGCGAAUUCAAGGAUGGCAAACUACAAGAGCGAGGUGUAUAUACUAAGCCAGAUGGGACAAGAUAUGAAGGUGAAUUCAAACAUGGCAAGCUACAUGAGCGAGGAGUAGAUAUUUUGCCAGAUGCAUAG